CGCAGCUGCAGCUUCCGGGUUUUCUGCGGCGGUCUGAGAGCAGGAGAAUGAAUCAUUCUGAAUGUAAUAAUUUUUACAAGUCUAAGAGACCCGCACGGAUUAUAAAAUGCAUAUACAUAGUUGGGUUCAUGGAUCUCUUUGGUGUCAGUAUGAUCAUCCCUUUACUGAGUCACCAUGUAAAGGCAUUAGGAGCAAGCCCGAUAGUCUCUGGAGUAGUGGGGUCCACUUAUGGGGUUUUACAGCUUUUCUCCAGCACUUUAAUAGGCAGCUGGAGUGAUGUAGUGGGGAGACGUUUUUCUUUAUUAACCUGCCUUCUACUCAGUGCUUUCGGAUAUGGCCUUCUGGGAAUGUCUACUACUAUCGCUCUGUUCGUGCUGGCCAGAAUACCAGUGGGGCUUUUUAAACACUCCUUGUCCAUUUGCCGAGCCCUCCUGUCAGAUUUAGUGACUGAUACAGAACGCCCUCUGGUAAUGGGUCACUUUAAUGCAGCUUCCAGUGUGGGAUUCAUCCUGGGCCCAGUGGUAGGAGGCUACCUCACUGAACGUGAGGGAGGAUUUUAUUUGUCCUCCUUAGUCUGUUCAGCUAUCUUCGUUCUUAAUGCAGGUUUAGUCUGGAUGUUGCCAUGGAGUGAGAUUCCAAAUCACCAUUUCAGUGCUAACAAGAACAUUAAGAGCAGACAGCCACAUGAUGGACUGAGAAACUGUGAUGGAAACCACCAUAUUUGUCUGUCUACCACUAAAACCAAAAAUGUCAUUCAGGACUGGGGUAAUAUGGCCCUAAUCCAGCUGACUUCAGUAGGAGCACAAAUCCGCAUGGUGGCCUCUUCUGAUAUGUGGGAUGUUUUUCUGGUGCGUCUGCUAAUGGGGUUGGCUAUCAUGCUUUAUCACAGUAACUUCUCUCUGGCUAUGGAGGAGCGCUUUGAUUUGAAACCCAAAGCGACAGGCUACAUGAUCAGCUAUAGCAGCAUGCUGGGUGCACUGGCUGGGUGCCUGGUGGGCCCGAUGACUCGUCUUUACAGAGGCAAUAUGUCUGCCCUGCUGCUGCACUCCACAGCAAUCACAUGCUCAUUGAUCUUCCUGUAUGCCGCAGCAGGUAGCAUAUGGCACGUCAUUCUCUCCUCCACAUUCUUUGGCAUUUCAACCAGCGUGGGGCGCACCUGCAUUACAGACCUGGAGCUGCAGCGUGGAGGGAAUGCAAGGGCUAGUGGUACCUUGAUUGGAGCGGGCCAGUCAGUAACUGCAGUGGGGCGCAUACUGGCCCCGUUGCUAUCCGGCCUGACUCAGGAAUUCAGCCCAUGUGGGCCACCAAGUCUUGGGGUGAUGCUGGCGCUCACAGCUCUUGUGCUACUGCUUGUCAGGACUCCAAUGUGGGCUAAGGUGAAGAAUAAGAAUGCAUGAUCGGACCAAGGUUUUAAGCCACAUAUAUAAGAGAACAUUGGGCAAUAUGGAGGCAGCUGUAGAAACUGGCUGGUGGCUUUCUGACAAUGAAAUGAAUAGAUUUUUGAUAUAGUUGUGAUCUUGGUAAGACAGGUACCACUUCUUUUAAAUGUUUAUUUUUUUAAACAUAAAAUUCAAAUGUUUUUAUACAUGAUUUAUUAUGAAGCAAUAGAUAAAUGGUAAAGCAGAUAGCAUUGCUGCAUCACAAACCUAGGGUAGCUGCUUUGUUCUUGAGUUCAGGUUAAUAUCUAUGUGAAGAUUUACAUAGUCUUGCCUUUUGGUUUCCCGCUCCAUGGUGCCAGGUGAUGGACUGUCAUUUGAUCCAGGGUAAAGUUUCUGCCUCUGCCAAUGUUCCAUGGGAUAAACCUGUAUUGGCAGUUCCAAAACAGACUGCCUGUGGGAGGCAGUCUGAGUUCAGUUGCAAUGUUGUCUCGUUUUCCAUGAAUUUGAGCACAACUCGUACGCUGGUGCACAUUUUUUUUAAGGAAGUAAAGUAACCUGCACUUCUGUUUUAGUCAAUGAUGACAUAAUUAUUAGUAGUGCUUGAGAAGCAUCACUAUUACAAUUGCUCAUACUUGUUACAAUAAUUCUUCUUUUUUCACCAAGACAAAAAUUCAGCAUGUAACUGCUAUUAGUUGCUCACUUUAGGUCAGAGUUGCAAUCUGGUUAGUAUAUUAACAUUGCAUGAGGUCAGGUGAGGUCAACAAUUGAACCUCAAAAUACAUCGAUUAAAAACCUACUGCAAUAUAUUUGCUUUACUAGCAUUGCAGCAUCACGGACCUAGGGUACCCGUUUUGUUUUUGAGUUCAGGUUACCGUCUAUGUGAAGUUUCGCAUAGUUUUCAAAAUAUCCAACUCCUUUUGGUUUCCCUCUCCAUUCUGCCUGCCAACAUCAAAGUGAUUUCAGCAAAUAACAUAGGUCUCCUUGAUGUUCGCCUUUAUCUGCCACAUUAGAGCUAGCCUGGUACUACCUGCAAAUCUAAUUCUGUUCCCACCGGGAUAAAUUAAAAUCAAAUUUGGGUCGUAGCGUGUGGCAGCACUUUUUUUUUUUUUUAGGCAACAGCCUUGUGCACUUUCUUUGCCUUCCUAUUUGAUGUAAUCUUUUUAUUAUGGAAUUAAUUUGUAGAAACAUUUUACAUAUCAGACUAAAGUAAAAACAAACUAAAUAUUGUAGGUUUAUUCAGGUGUUUUUAACAAUGCCUAGGAAAGAUACACAUUAAUGAGCUUAAAAAAAAAAGGUAAAUGCAGCAGUUGGUGCACUUCCUUAAUCAAGUUUGUUCUAAUUCUCUUUAGGUUGUUUUACAACAUACCACAGGAAAAUGUUUAUAAAAAUAUUUUAUUAAGUUUUUUUUAUAUUACAUUACAGUUUUUCUCAGGUGCUUUGGAGCAUUUUCUAGAAUCAUACAUGAACACAUGAAUACAUAUCAUUGCUAUCAGAAUGACGAGUCCUUUUGUCAUUGUUAACAAACAAGGAAGUCAAAAUGUUUAGUCAUGUUGUCAAUAUGACAGUGCAUGGUUUUAUUUUCUGAUAUGAACUACAGUGUUACAAUGUUAAAAAAUGCAAAAGGCUGAAUUUCUUCUGUAUGGCAUCUAUGAAUUUCAACACCACAAAUGUACACAUACUUGUAUGUGGGAUAUUUAUUGCAAGAGCCCAGACAGGAUUUACACUUUUAAUGUAUUGUACUAGUAUUCAUUCAUUUCUUGGUUGUUCAUCCACUUUCAGAAAUUGUAUUUCUGUGAUAUAUAUAUGUUUAUAUAUGCUCACUAAUUGAUUUAACGAGAUUCACCUUUGACCUGUUUUAGAGAACUAGUUGACUACUACUACACUCCCCUUCAUUGGUGAAAUUGAAAAUCUGCACAAUUCAUCAAUUCAAGACACAUUUUAUAAAAAGAAAACGAAAAAAGUUUAAUAGAAAUGUAAGACAGAUUAUGACAACAGGUUUAACCAUUUUCCAUUCAAUAAUUUAUGCAAUGAUCGAAUGCCUAGAUGCUUUGGGGAUUAAGACUAUUUAGGUGAGAACCGGUAUAACAAAAAAUGCUUUUAUGAUGUGUGCAAGUGACUACUUGAUGUGGAGGUUUUUAAAAUUCAAUUUCUGAACUGAGAAAAACUAUUAAAAAAAAAAACUAAA